CAUUCUCUAGGGUUAUAACACGAGACACAUUCGUAAGCUACGUUCUAGUGAAUUCACAACUUUUUGGGAAGCAUAACUCAUUGUGUCUAGGGUUAUGUUGGUUCAUUGAAUCUCAGAGUUCAUCUGAUCAACCUUUGGAUCCUUGAAUGCUAAUUAUGCCAAUAGUUUUCAUUUUGUUUCGUUUGAUUGUUGUUUACUCCAAAAUAAUAAUCCAAAUAUAAGACCGCUUUUCCUAAAAAGGAAAGAAAUUAAUCUGUCUUCUUCCCCAAUCCCGAAACUUUAACCUUAACCCCAUUAUUUUCCCAAAUUGAAUAUACUCAUUCCCAAUUUUAUCUCCUUCUUCUCCAUCGCUUAACUGAUCUAAUCCCCCAAUUUAUAAAACCCUAACUCUUCAUUUUGAUUCAUUUCUCCAUUCUCCAGAUUUCCGUUUCCCUCUUCGAAUUCUCAUCUCUAACCAUGAGCGCAAUCUAUCUCCUCCGCAAAAUUUCCACGAAAACUCCUUCACGAUUUCACAGAAGCCUCUUCUUCUCCACUUUCUCCAAGGAUUCACCACCAGAUUUAUCUCGAACCACCUCAAUUCGCCAUUUAUCAUCAAGCCAGAGAUUCGUCUCUUCGUCCAUUUACUGUUUCCCCCAAUCAAAGAUUUUACCAAAUCGAUUUUCCGAGAAGACGACGGGAAUCUCCGUAAGACAAUUCUCAACAUCCGUUGAAACUAAUCUCAGUGACAAGAGUUUCGAGAGAAUUCAUGUUCAAAGUGAUGCAAUUUUAGAAAGGAUACACAAAAACGAAGAAGAAGUAGAAACAGUUUCUAUUGGUAGUGAGAAAGUUGUGAGAGAAGAGAGUGAAGCUGAGAAAGAAGCGUGGAGGAUUUUGGAAAACGCUGUUGUUAGGUAUUGUGGUUCUCCGGUUGGGACAGUGGCGGCGAAUGAUCCUGGAGAUAAGAUGCCUUUGAAUUAUGAUCAAGUUUUUAUAAGAGAUUUUGUGCCUUCUGCUUUGGCUUUUUUGCUUAAAGGUGAAGGUGAUAUUGUUAGGAACUUUCUCCUUCAUACAUUACAGCUUCAGAGUUGGGAGAAAACUGUAGACUGUUACAGUCCUGGACAGGGUUUGAUGCCUGCAAGUUUUAAAGUAAGAACUGUGGCGCUUGAUGAGAACACUACGGAAGAGGUUUUGGAUCCGGAUUUUGGUGAAUCAGCUAUUGGUCGUGUUGCUCCUGUGGAUUCUGGUUUGUGGUGGAUUAUUCUCUUGAGGGCAUAUGGAAAGAUAACUGGAGAUUUCUCGUUACAAGAGAGGAUAGAUGUUCAGACAGGGAUAAAGCUUAUCAUGAACUUGUGUUUAGCAGAUGGAUUUGAUAUGUUUCCAACACUUUUGGUCACUGAUGGUUCUUGUAUGAUUGAUCGUCGUAUGGGUAUCCAUGGCCACCCUCUCGAAAUCCAAUCGUUAUUCUACUCAGCACUAAGAUGCUCCCGUGAGAUGCUUUCUGUUAAUGAUAGCUCUAAGGAUCUUGUAAGAGCCAUUAACAAUAGAUUAAGUGCUUUGUCCUUUCAUAUCAGAGAAUACUACUGGGUGGACAUAAAAAAGAUCAAUGAGAUAUACCGUUACAAGACAGAAGAGUAUUCCACGGAUGCGACUAACAAGUUCAACAUCUAUCCUGAGCAAAUUCCUCCAUGGCUCAUGGACUGGAUACCCGAGCAAGGUGGGUAUCUCCUUGGGAACCUACAACCUGCACACAUGGAUUUCAGAUUCUUCACGCUUGGGAACUUUUGGUCUAUUGUUUCGUCCUUGGCUACACCAAAGCAGAAUGAAGCUAUAUUGAACUUAAUUGAAGCUAAAUGGGACGAUAUUAUUGGGAAUAUGCCUCUUAAGAUCUGUUACCCUGCAUUAGAGUACGAUGAUUGGCGUAUAAUAACUGGAAGCGACCCAAAGAACACGCCUUGGUCGUAUCACAACAGUGGAUCCUGGCCAACACUUCUUUGGCAGUUCACAUUAGCAUGUAUGAAGAUGGGAAGACCAGAGCUAGCUGAAAAGGCUCUUGCAGUGGCUGAGAAGAGACUGUUGGCAGAUCGUUGGCCAGAGUACUACGACACCCGAUCUGGCAAAUUCAUUGGAAAGCAGUCUCGCCUCUACCAGACAUGGACAGUCGCUGGAUUCUUGACUUCUAAACUCCUCCUAGCAAAUCCAGAGAUGGCAUCACUGUUAUUCUGGGAAGAAGAUUACGAACUUCUCGAUAUUUGUGCAUGUGGUCUUAGAAAAUCUGACCGGAAGAAAUGCUCCCGAGUCGCUGCCAAGACUCAGAUUCUUGUUCGAUGAAUGCAAAACAGUCUCUUUUGCUACUCUGAACAUUCGAACACAAUAAGCUUUUUAGGCUAUAGAUCUUACAGAAAUUGGAAAAUCAUUACAGAAACUUGACUGUCACAUAUUAUUAUUAUUUAUCUCUGUUUGUGUGUAUAUAUAUAUGAUUGCAACAGUUUUAUAUAGUUGCAGCUACGUAGUUGGCAAAGAAAGUUUUUCUUAUGCUAGAUUUUACC